AUGCAAGCAUACAGUCGAAAACAACAUACUCAAAGCAUACCAGCUCCCAAUAACAAAGAAAGAGUCGUCAUACUCGGUUCCGGCUGGGCCGGCUACGCAGCCGCCCGCACCCUCUCCCCUUCGAGAGCCACGCGCAUCCUCGUCUCCCCUCGAUCACACUUCGCAUUUACUCCUCUUCUCGCGUCGACAGCCGUAGGGACCCUUGAGUUCCGUGCAGCCAUUGAGCCGGUUCGUCGGCUCGGCCUCGACGAGUUCCACCAAGCAUGGGCGUCCAGCAUCGACUUCAAGAACAAAACGAUUCGCGUGGAAGCCAAUGAGCGCGGAGACGUCAGUGCCUCCACCAACAGGCCCGAAAUCAAAGGGGAAGAAUUCGACGUCGAGUAUGACAAGCUUGUCAUUGCCGUGGGUUGCUACAGUCAGACUUUUGGCAUCGAGGGCGUCAAAGAGCACGCCAAUUUCUUGAGAGACGUUGGCGAUGCGCGGGCCAUCCGACUGCAAGUCCUGCAGGCCUUUGAGACGGCAGACCUGCCGACGGCCAGUGAUGAGGAGAGGAGGAGGCUGUUGCAUUUUGCAGUGGUGGGCGGCGGGCCGACGGGGAUUGAGUUUGCCGCAGAACUCCACGACUUAAUCAAGGAUGACUUGUCGAGGAUGUACCCCACGUUGCAGAAGCAUUGUGCCAUUACCGUAUACGAUAUCGCGCCAAAAGUGCUGCCUAUGUUUGACAGUAAGCUGGCUGCCUAUGCGACUGAGACGUUCAAGAGACAGGGCAUUCGAGUCAAGACGGAGCACCAUCUCACCCGUAUCCGUCGACAAGGACACUACUUGAUGCUGCGGAUCAAGGAAGAGCCAGUGGAGGUUGGCGCCGGCAUUGUCGUCUGGAGCACAGGCCUCAUGCAGAACCCGCUGGUCAGGACGCUCGUGGAGUCGGAUAUCGAGGGAAUGGGCAAGAUUGCAAAGGAUCCCCGAACAGGCGGUAUCGUCACCAACUCGAACCUCCAGGUCCAACUGCAAGGCUCCGGAGAUGGGUCGAAGACAACCACGUUGAAGGACGUAUACGCCGUUGGCGAUUGUACCUCCGUCCAGGGCGCGAGUUACCCUGCCACGGCACAAGUCGCCAGUCAACAAGCUGUGUACUUGGCGAAGCAGCUGAACAAGGGCGAGGUGGAAGUCUCGAAGCCGUUCAAGUUUAGGAACUGGGGCGUCAUGACAUAUUUGGGGAGUUGGAGGGCGAUUCACCAGAGCGAGGCCGAUAAUCUGAGGGGAUGGGCGGCGUGGGUUCUUUGGCGCACGGCGUAUUUGACGAGGAGUAUGAGUGUGCGGAACAAGAUUUUGAUUCCGGUAUACUGGGUCAUCACCUGGAUUUUCGGAAGGGACAUUUCGAGAUUCUGA